CUCUCUGAUUGGUUGCGCUUUUAGCGCAUAUGACUCUGAACCAGCCACUGCUCGAGAUAUAAACACACGGAACACAUCGUCCUUUAUACGAUAAAGUUUAACAAUGUCGUUACGAAGCGUUUUGAAGCUUAGCCUCCGCUCAAAUUUGGGGUUAUUGUACUCACUUUCCCCAGCAAGCAGAGUAGUUGUGAAAACAGCAGCGAGUCACACAAGACACAGCAGCAGCAGCAGAGGGUCAGAGGUCAUCAGCCGGUACCCAGUGCCAAACAAGAAGAACCUGCCAUUUGAUAUCGUGGAGCUGAUGGAGGAGGUCGAACAGAAGGGAGGGUUUUUGCCCAAUGUCUUCAAGGUUCUCGCCCAUCGUCCUGCUGAAUUUCGGGCUUUCUUCUCUUAUUAUAAUGCCCUCAUGAACAAAGAAAGUGGUGGUCUGUCAAAAGCGGACCGGGAGCUGAUUGUUGUUGCGACCAGUGCUCACAAUCACUGCUUGUAUUGUGUGGUAUCCCACAGUGCAUUGCACCGCAUCUAUUCCAAAAAACCUAUGCUGGCUGAUCAGGUUGCAGUUAAUUACAGGGUUGCGGAGCUGAGCGCGCGUGAGAAGGCCAUGCUGGACUUUGCUCUGACAGUCUGCAGGAGUGAAACCGUAACUGAAGAACAUCUCAGCACGCUGGAGGCUCAUGGAUUUGACCGAGAGGAUAUUUGGGACAUUGCUGCCAUUGCUGCCUUCUUUGCUCUGUCGAACCGCAUGGCCCAUCUGACUGACAUGAGACCUAACGCAGAGUUUUACAACAUGGGGAGAGUGCCGAGAGACAAAGAAAAAGCCUCUGAUGGGCAAGCCAAGGACAAAUAGACUCUUAGUUAUAUUAUCUAUAAUAUAAAAGUAUUAAAUAAUCAUUAAGAGGAUUGUUAAAACACUGUUUUGCUAAAUAUCACCCAAAGUUCUUUCUGUAACCCUUUAACAAAUGUUUGCACGCUUAGCUUUUAAGCUUCUUUGAUACACACUGUUUUUUCCAUUAGUCUUCUCAAUGAGAAAUGUAUCUUUUUAGUUUACUUAAAUUAGUUAAUAUUUAUUAAAAAGAGAGAGAGAUCUGAAUAUCACAAAUAUCUAUAACAUUUUUUUUUUUUUUGAUUGAGUACUUUAUUGAACAACAACAAUCAACACGAAGUGUUCAAAAGGAUAAAAACACAAAAAGCCCAUAGGCUUAUUUCCAUUGUGGUCCUUAAGAUGUAGACAUACAGCUGUGAGCGGGGUUAUUAUCUAAAAAUGAAACCGUGAUAAAACAUUAGAAAUGUUGGACAUGAGCUUUAGCUGAAAUAAAAUAAAAUGAUAUGAUAUAUCUAAACUUGAACUUCUUUUAUUAUUUUCAUUUAGUUUAACUUGAAGUACUGAAGUAUCAAACUAAAUUAUCUCAAAUGAAAACUAUGUUGACAAUACAAUUUUUAAACAACAAAAUCUACCAAAAAGGACGGAAACAAAAACGAAACUUAACUGAAGCUAUAAAAGCUUAAAUUACAAUUAAAACGAAAACAUGAAUUCAAGAUAUUAACAAUGACUGUAAUAGUAUCUCAGCUAUAGUAAAAUAACUGUUUAGUUUGGAUACGGUUAUACAUGAUUCAGAUAAUCAUCUAAUUUAUAGGUUAUGUACACAUUUUAGUUGCAGUUAAGUUUAUUAGCUUAAGUGAAUAAUAGAGCUGCAGAUCAGGCCAACAAUGAAUUAUUUUUACCAUUAAAAACCUAAUUUACCAUUAAACAUUUUUAGAGAAAAACAAUCGUAAUAAAAUGGAAAACCCCUCAUGCACAUUAAACUUAUGUAGUUGUUUUUAAAAUAGUCUUACUUUAACAUUAAACAGUUUUGCGUGA